AUGGAUUGCUAUAUUUCAAAACUCUCAAACGACAUCGUCGAAAGUAUCUUCUUCAAGCUCCCAACCGCAGCUCUGUCACAGUGCAGGGCGGUCUGCAAGUCAUGGCGCAACAUUAUCUCAGACCCUGAUUUUAUUAAACUUCAUUCCUCUUCUUGUUUUAGCCUCCUUCUCUUGAUGGAGACCGUCACCAAAGGGCUGACGAUCCGUACUUCAACCGAUGAAAUCUUUCAACAAACCAAGAAGAUGGAACUCUUCUGCCUUGAAUUUCUUGCAGGUUCUUGCCACUUGGGUUCCCUACCGUGGCUUGGACCCUUAUUGUUCGUCAAUUCAUGCAAUGGCUUGCUUUGUCUUAGACAACAAUUUCCAGGUAUUCUCAUAAUAAAUCCAUCGAAAGGUGAGUGCGUAACUCUUCCAUGUAGAAACAGAUGGUGUUGGGACUUGACCGAUGGUGUACUCGGGUUCUGUCUCAAGAGUAAACGAUAUAAGGCUAUUGAGAUUUCUUGCAGAUUUGGUAAAUCUGGAAGAUAUUGGGAAGCAUACGUAUACACUCUUGGGACUGCUGAUUUUUGGAGAAGCAUUGGGGCUGCUCCUUCAUAUGAAGGUAUCUAUAGAAGAGAUUUUUCAAAGGUAUUUGCUAAUGGAUAUUUGUAUUGGCUUGACAACUCCCGUGAAAGGUUUGGUGAAGUAUUGAGUUUUGAUUUUGAAAGGGAGAAAUUUGGAUCUCUCUCAUUGCCUUGUGUGGAUAUAUGGGAAGGCAUUGGAGAUUUUGGAGACUCAAUCUAUGCAUGCAAGUAUGGUAAAUAUGAUGACGAUUAUGUCUUAGAGAUAUGGUUGAUGAAAGAAUAUGGCGUGAAGGAAUCAUGGGCUAAAUUGCUUGUGUUAAAAUACCAUCGGGACUGCGGUAGUUUCUUUCAUCUUGAGGUAAUAAAGGCUUUGGAAAAUGGGGACUUAUUGUUGUAUAAUGGGUUUGAUUUCGUUCUAUAUAACCGUGGGAACAACAAGUACACAAGACUGGAUAUUCCUCAAGAGGUUCAAUUGCAUUUUGAUGGAAAAAGACUUGAUUUAAUUGUUCCCAAUAAUCCAAACGUUGCUUCACUCAAAGACGUGGUGGUGGGAGACAACUUGAAGUUUUUUAAACUCAAGUACAAGACAAUGAUUUGA